UCCAUACAGUCGCAGGGGCGUUCUGACUCCUGCUUCACGUCGGGAUCUCAGAUCCUGUAGUUUCUUUGUGCUUCGGGACAUUUAGCGCAGCUGUGACGGUUUCAACGACUUCUCAGACGAUGACGUGAUCCUGAGCUUGUAGAGCAGCGAUGGAGGACCUGUGGUGUGUGGCUGCAGGUGUUUUCCAGGUGUGGAUGUUUGUGGUGUUGUUCCUCAUCAUGCUGCCCGCCAUGUUCGGUCUCUCGCUGGGCGUCACCGGCGUCUACAUCCAGAUCCUGGUCAAGAUCCUGGAGUGGGCCACCAUACGGAUCCAGAGAGGACGGCAGGAGCAGCCCAGUGUGCCGGUUCCUCUGCCCAAUGGGAUCAUUGAGCGAGCGGGGGGCUCCAUGGAGGAGGAGAUGGGGCAGCUGCGGCGUUCUCGCUCCCUGGCGGGGGGGAAGUUUUGUCUGAGCGACGCCUUCUUCUUCUACAAGAAAGGUAUGGAGAGCAUCGUGGACGACCAGGUGACCCAGCGCUUCUCCUCCGAGGAGCUGGCCUCCUGGAACCUGCUGACCCGAACCAACCAGAACUUCCGCUACAUCAGCCUCCGCCUCACCGUCAUCUGGGUGCUGGGCGUCUUCGUACGCUACUGCGUCCUCUUCCCGCUCAGGAUCACUCUGGCCAUCAUCGGCCUGUCGUGGCUCGUGAUUGGAACGACUCUGGUGGGAUUUCUGCCUGAGAGCAGUGCGAAGAACUGGCUGAGCGAGCUGGUUCAUCUGACCUGCUACAGGAUCUGUGCCAGAGGACUGUCGGCCACCGUCCAUUACCACAACAAACAAAAUAAACCACAGAAAGGAGGAAUAUGUGUCGCCAAUCACACAACACCGAUCGACGUGGUGAUUCUGGCCAACGACGGCUGCUACGCCAUGGUGGGUCAGAUCCACGGAGGACUGAUGGGGGUCAUUCAGAGGUCGAUGGUGAGGUCGUGUCCUCAUGUUUGGUUCGAGAGGUCGGAGAUGAAAGACCGCCACGCUGUGACCAGCAGGCUCAGAGCUCACGUCGCAGCCAAGACCAAACUUCCCAUCCUGAUAUUUCCUGAAGGAACCUGCAUCAACAACACUUCAGUCAUGAUGUUCAAGAAGGGAAGCUUUGAAAUCGGAGGGACGAUAUAUCCGGUCGCAAUCAAGUAUGAUCCGCGCUUCGGCGACGCCUUCUGGAACAGCGCCAAGUACAACAUGGUGAGCUACCUGCUGCGGAUGAUGACCAGCUGGGCCAUCGUGGUCAACGUGUGGUACCUCCCUCCCAUGACCUUACAGGACGGUGAAGACGCCGCUCAGUUUGCCAACAGAGUGAAAUCUGCCAUCGCUCAUCAGGGAGGACUGCUGGACCUGGCCUGGGACGGAGGGCUGAAGCGAGGGAAGGUGAAGGAUUCGUUUAAAGAAGAGCAGCAGAAGAUGUACAGCAGCAUCAUUGUCGGACAGAACGGCUCUCUGAAAGCCAGCGGUGAAAGUAGAGAAGAGGAAUAAACCGGACAAUCUCUCUCUGCUCUGACAAUCCCGUCCCAUCAUCAUCAUCACCAUCAUCAUCACCCUCCAGAUCACAUGUGACCUGGAUGGAUUCCAUGUGUCUGGAAAGCUGUAAUCUUAUAUUUGUCUGUUUUAUCUAUAAAGUCUUAAUCUACAGUUUUUAUACAAUCUGACAGUCCAAAGUCUUUAAAGCAGCUCAAAGUGAAUCUUUUUAUGUGUCUGAAGGUCUCGUGUUGCUGUAGGAGAGUUUCUCCGCCAGCAGGAGGCAGCGUAGGACAACCAGACGCUUCAAUGUUCUGUAUUAAUGUACCAACAUGUGUUUUAAACCAAAUGUAUUUUAUGUAGAACUGCUCUUUUA